AGUUGAGUCCAAAUUGACGGGGGGCCUGGGACUGCAAUUCACAAGAACCAGACUCUGAUGGGAAAGCUAAUGUCCUGUAGGGGGCCGAAUGAAUCUGUCCUUGAGAUUCAUUUUCCAAGUUUCGGUCUGGAAGCUGUUUGGGUGAUCCCUGUCCGUGUCCUCUCACUUUGCGCCUUGGUGGUCGUUCGGAUGACCCGUUUCUCUCGCGUGCACCUAAUUUUUCCCUGUGAUUUUCUCCAAACUGUGAAGACGAAGGGAGGGCGUGACUAUGAACACCAUUUGCGGUCCCUCUUUCAGUUGUCCGGACUUCGUAUGGGUUCCUUCUUCUUUGAAGAACAUUGCCAUCUCCCUGAAAAGCCCUCAUUUUCACGCCCGGCCGAUCUUCCCCGGGUUUCAGAGAGGGAAGAGUAGUGGGAAUUCCGGCCUCUCCUGCGUCCUCCGGCAUCGAGAUUCAGCGUCGGUCAACUACUGCUUUCCUCACACAAGAGUAUCGCGAUAUACCAAUAGGCAAUGUGCAGCAAAGGCAGAACUUUCUGGCACAGGGAUCCCUGCUUCUUCUUCUUCUUCUUCUGUCAAUUUCUCCACAGAUGUCUCCUUUUAUUCGAGAAUCCGGGGAAUAUGUUUCUACAUUGUGACGGGAGUCGUGGCGAUUCCGUUGUUCCUGUUGAUGGUUAUGGUUCAUCCCCUUGUUCUAUUGUUCGACCGCUACAGAAGGAGAUUUCAGCACCUUGUGGCUAAGAUUUGGGCAAGUGCAUCAAUUUACUGCUUUUGCAAGAUUGAGUUUGAGGGACUGGAGAAUUUACCUGCGCCAGAUUUGCCGGCUGUUUACGUCUCGAAUCAUCAGAGUUUCUUGGAUAUCUACACGCUUCUGACUUUGGGGAGGACCUUUAAAUUCAUCAGCAAGAGGGCUAUCUUCCUCAUUCCCGUCAUUGGUUGGGCUAUGUUUAUAAUGGGUCUCAUCCCAUUGCGCCGAAUGGAUAACAAGAGCCAAUUGGAGUGUUUGAAGAGGUGUAUAGAUAUUGUGAAGAAAGGGGCUUCUGUUUUCUUUUUCCCAGAGGGCACGAGAAGUAAGGAUGGAAGGUUGGGCCCGUUUAAGAAAGGAGCAUUCAGUGUUGCUGCUAAGACCGGAGCGCCAAUUGUGCCAAUCAGCUUGAUGGGUACUGGGAAGAUGAUGCCUAGUGGAAAGGAAGCGAUCUUGAAUUCAGGAUCUAUUAGAGUAAUAAUACACGAGAGUUUAAUGGGUAACAAUGCUGAUGAGCUAUGUAGUAGAGCACGAGAUGUCAUUGCUCAAGGACUUGUUCUUCAUGGAUAUGGUGUUCAAUGAUAGGAAGAGUUUGCGGCAGUUUUUUGUUUGACUAUAACAUGGAUAGUUAAUGGUUGCUGAUUAACUUCAACAGGAUGACGCAAGGUGAGAAAAUUCCCCAUCUACUUUGAAGCAUAUGGAGGAUAAUCUUCUCCCACUUUGUCAGAGCAUAGAAGAGUUUGGGGGGAACAUCACCUAAAUGGAAAGAUUGGAUGACUACAGCAAUACCCUGUUGGCCUAGAGAAACUACAGAUCAGAAAUCCUUAUGAAGAGAACACUGGAAAAUUUUCCUCUUGCUUUGUAAACAUCGACGAUUAAAUUUUGGAUUGUGAUCUUCUGUUUGCAUGUCAUGCAAUGUGUUGACCUUCGCACUUGCAGAAUAAGGUCACUGUUUGUACGUGUCACUGCCUAAGUUUUGGUUCUAAGGCCUUGCUGUAUGUUAAGCAGCUUGUACGUGUCACUGUUUACAUUUUGGCCCUAAUCAGCAUGAUCCUGUCAGGAGAUAAUUAGAACACAUAUAGAUUCCAAUUAUUCAAGGGAGCUUC